GGAUCUAAGAGCGUAUCUAAUCUGAGUCUUACAUAUGCGGCUUAUGUCGUGACAAGGGUGGGUUGGAGUCGCCAUGAACAUCGCUCGUUCAUGUCGUGGAGUAGCAGCUCAAUCAUCAAAUUCCUUCGCACUCUCGUUCGAUACCGUGGACUAAACCAAUCCUUACCCCCAUAGACUCUCCAUAUAACCCCCGGUGUUGUUCACCCUUACAAGAUGUCUAAGCCAAUCUUUGUCCUUCUCCACGGUGCGUGGCACACUCCUCAAUGCUGGGAUAUUCUGAUCUAUACACUCAACGAGUUAGGCUACUCAGCCGUUGCUCCGGCUCUACCCUCGUCGGGGUCUAUACCACCCACGCCUGACUGGUCUAAGGAUGUCGAAACGAUUAGUAAUACGGUCGAGGAUCUAGUAAAAGAGAACGAUGUAGUAGUAGUCAUGCACAGCUUCAGUGGCAUGACCGGAGGUAUGGCUUUGGGAGGCUUGGGCAAGGAGACACGGGCCGCAAAGGGACUGAAAGGCGGCGUUAUACGGUUGAUUUACCUUGCGGCUUUCCUUGUGCCGGAGGGCUCCCAACACUCGGCACAUGGAACACGCAGUAACAUGGUUCCUGAGAUGAAAACUGAUCUUGAUGCUGGCGUUGUUACUGUAUCACCAGAAGAUGCUAAGGAUAUGUUCUACCAAGAUCUAGAUGACGCUACCAUCGCUGAACUAGUCAAGGACUUGCGCCCUCAGAGCGUUGGGUCGUUCUGGAGUUCCACGACGUACGCCGCGUGGCGCUAUAUUCCAACCACCUGUAUUAUCUGUCUACAGGACAACCCUUCGACCGUGCUAGCUAUACGAUACCUUGUUGAUACGGCGAAAGUGAGUGGACAGCACAAGAUCGAGAAGGUUGUCGAGGUUGACGCAGGCCACUCUCCCUUCAUUAGCAAGCCGGAGUGGACUGCCGAAGCACUCAUAUCUGAGAUCAGUAUGUGAGCUUGGGUAUAGGUUUAGGAGUUGCCAUAGAAACUAUGCCUGGGCCAAUUUAUACUUCUAGGCGUACGCUAUAAAACUCACGUGUUCAAUUCGCGAAAAAGAAAACAGUCGGGUAGCUUCUGAACUAUAUACUUGUAGGGCAAAGUAGCCAAUCAAGUCCCGGUUCCUAUCCUCAUUAGGAAAGAUUCAUGAAGCCCCGGGUUACGUAACGAGUCGAAGUUGAUCAAGUUGGGUUUAUCUAUCUACCUAGGUACCUGUACCUAACCUACCCUGUGGUUGGAGGGCUGUAUUUUCUCUAUGUUUAAGUAUACUUCAAUUGUGCUGCAAGUAUGCCUUAGAGCACGUAGGCUCUGGUAUAUUAACUAUGAAAUAUAAAGGGGCUUGGGGUGUAUUAAUUGUGUAUUAUACGGAAUGUGGAGAAGUAGGUUUCUAUGUCCGUAAAAGAAAACGAGCUUUAACAAAAACAAUAGCUCAAAAAAGAAAAAACUUGCGAAUUGAUGAAACAAGGAUAAACAGUAAAAGGACGUACACGGAAGUUUUCCGUGAGAAGGUAAAUAGCAGUUAGAGAGUCGAUCCACAAGUACAUUAGGGACCUACCGUACAUAUAUCGAGUGCCAUGGACCUAUUAGAGGAUAUCUAUUUUCCGAU